UGAAUGUUAAAACUUCUGAGGUCCUAAUUUGAAAUUCACUUGCGAUCCAAUCAGUCAUGCACUACGUGUCAAAUAGCUUUGUUAUUUUUUCCAGCAUUUCAUUUCCUGAUUACAACUCAGUGCGUAACUUAGAUUCAUAAGUUUGAUAAAGGAAUACUCGUGAAGUACUUCGGUCAUGGAUUGUAGAGGAAGUUGUAUACUUUUUGUUUAUGUUUUCUCUCCAUUGAUAACCGUUGAAUGUUCCUCGUUUCCAUUUGGAAACAGAGGAAUGGGCUUAUCAAUGCAGAGUCGUAAGUCUUCCUUAGGAAUGGGCAUCAUGGAUCAGAGGAUUCUUCUACAUGCACCUGAACCAAUAGAGCCUAUCAAUCCUAUGGUUGGAACGUCGCCCUGUUUUAUUAAAUGCAAAUUAAAACCAAACCCAUGUAAUAGUUACAUCAAUGCAAAAGGAUGCCCACCGCCAAAAAAUAUCCCUCAACAGCAUGUAUUUAAUAUCCUUCCACAGCAACGAUUUGGCAAUCAACCUAUGAAUCCAUUUUCAUUUUCAACACUCCCACCACCACCAACAACAACGACAACAACGACAACAACGGUCACCGAGAAAGAUUUCACAGGAGAACAACAUAAUAUAUUUACAACUACAACAAGCCCAUUUCCACAAUCGACCACCAAAGCCACCAGAGGCAUCACAGUUAAUCCUUUUGCAUUCUGGAUAAUCAACAAGAAGUAAUUUUUAUGUAAUUUAAGUAUUGUUAACUUGUUUUGUUGCUUUGAAUAAAGAUUUGAUAUAUCAAUUACGUUAAAGUAACGAAAACGCUAUUUGUAGAGUGGUAUUUUUCUGAAACAAAAAAAAAGUAUAUAGAUAGUAUGUUUAAUUUUUCCAUACAAAAAAAUUGUAGCAUGUUAACAUGUAUAUGACGGAAAGCAAUGGUUUUAUAAAGUACUGUUGAUUGUCAAUACUAGUAAACAUAUACAUUGUAUGUUAUCAUUGUAAUGAUUUACGUUUAAAAAAAAAUUACUUAAUGAUAUAACUUGUGUUUGAAUAUUAGAUCUGUGUCUUAAAGAGGUUUGCUCAUCUCUUUUUGGGUAAAUAUUUUAUGUCACCUCUUGUAUAAAAAU